AUGAAGGCCUCGAUUUCCUCACUCACAGCAGCCCUGGCGGCUACGCCGCUCCUCUGGGCCCCAUCCCUCUGCGACAUAACACAGGGGGUAACACCAGCGCUCUUCGCGCGCCUGGACCGCAUGGCCUCCCUCUCCAUGAACGUCUACACGGGGGCCCUGUGCAACGCCCCAUCCGGGUUCUCGCGCGCGGGCUUCAUCAACGAGACGACCUACGACAUCCAGGGCCAGGUGCUGCGCGACGACGCCGCGCGCGAGGCCGUCGUCGUGUUCCGCGGCACCGCCAGCGACAAGAACUUCCAGGUCGACGUCAACAUCACGCUGGCGCCGUUCGAGACGGCGGCGGGGAACUGCGCUGGUUGUCGUGUCCAUGGGGGGUUCUACCUCGCGUGGACUGCGGCGCGGGAGCAGGUCCUUGGGUUGGUCCAGGGGGUGCUGGGGGAGUUUCCUGGUCUCGGCGGGUCCAUGGCAUCACUUGCUGCCACGCAGUUUCAGCCGCUGUUCCCGAACCUGACGGUGUAUACCUUUGGUGAGCCUCGAACAGGCGAUGCGCUUUACGUCCAGGCAGUGGAGACAAACUUCCUUGCGUCGAGUCCUUGUACGACGAGGUACUUCCGUUCCACUCAUGAAGACGACGGUGUCCCAAUUUCCCAGGCGUGA